ACUGUUAUCGUUAUCAUUAUUCACCUAUCACUGUUAUUAUAAAAAUCGAAAUCACGUUUUUUUUAAAAUUCUGAAUUUGUGAAGUAAACCACGAUUUAAGGUAGCAUCUAAAAUCUUGAAGUAAACUCAAGUUCAGUAAUGUAUUGAAUGAUUAUUAAUAUCACUGUUCUCUUUAUUAUCAUGUAAAUUAUAUCUAUUUUAUUAUUUUACUAAUACCAUUUAUUUAACACGUAUUUAGCUACUACCUUUCAAUUUUAUUCGUUUUUUGUAUGCAUAAAUUGUAUUUCAAAAUGUGCUCGUUAUUAAGAAAACAUCUGCAUUGGAAUUUGCCUAAGUUAUUAGGUCCAAGACAGACUAGUAUUUAUACUCAGAGGUUAAUGUCGGUUGUUACUCCAGAUAAAAUUGCACCUCGCAAAGUGAAAGGUAAGUUUGCGAGCGAAGAACAAAAGCGUAUUAUUACAGAAUUUGUUAUUAAAUCAAGUUCAACAACACUUGAUUGGGAUGCGUUGAAAUCGUCUGUUUUGUCCAUAAAUCGUGGUUAUAUAAAUGAAAAAAACAUUAAUGGAUGCAUAUUAGAGACAUGCUCACAACAAAAACGUUUGGACUUAAUCAAAUCAUUUAUGAAGUAUGUGAAACAAUGUAGUCGAGGUAAACCUAAUAUGGCAUUGGAACUAUUAUACAUUCGAUCAUGUUAUAAGUCGAGGAAUGAAUUGACUGAUAAUGACCAAAAUGAAAUUCAGACUUCUUGUCAGUCUCUGUUUAAAAAUAAUUUACAUUUAUUGAAUUCCGUUCUUCUUGAAGGUAUAGUAAUGGGAAUUUGUUGUACACCUUUAUGGCGAGAUUCCUUAAAAUUCAUAAAAGCAUCAAAAAUUGAAGAUGACAUAACAGUGAAUACAUUAGUUUGUAUAAUUUUAAGAGCUUUUGAAGAAGCAGAAAUUGAUUUAGGAUGGACUUUAGUACAAAAUAUGUUUAAUCGACAUAGAAUAUUACCAUUAGAAAUAGUUGCAGCAUGGUUUAAUCUUUGUAAAAAAAAUGCAAAUUAUAGCCAUCGUAGAGUAUUAGAAUUUUUAAGAGAUAAUGAGUAUAUUAUCAGGGAAGAUUUAGCAGAACUAAUUCGUAACAAUUUAAAGCAAUCUGGCAUUAAAACUACUACUUCCAUGAUUUAUCAUAAUAAUGGAAAAUGUAAGAAUUGUAAUCAAGUGUUGGAACAUGCUGAAGUCACAGAUUCAGAUUUUAAGAUGCUUCAAGAACGUUUUUUAUCAAAUGUAAUGAUCGGAAAAAAUAUAUUCAACAACUCUUCUCCUCAAGAGUUGGACGAUUUUAGAGAUUUCAUAGAAAUCACUGCACCAUAUGACGUGGUUGUCGAUGGAUUAAACUUGGCAUAUGCAUAUAGAGGAAAGAUUGGUGAUCAUUCUUUAACCAAAAUUGUUAUGAAGAAUUUUAUUGAAAAGAAACUAAAAGUAUUAUUAAUUGGCAGAAAACAUCUAGUUAAGAUGUUAGGAAAGGAAUUUGAUUUUAUAAAAAAAAAUUCUCAUAUUUUUUUUACAAAUGAUCUGUCUAAAGACGAUCCAUUUGUUCUAUAUGCUGCAAUGUAUAGUGGUAUAAAUACACAAAUUCUUACCAGAGAUCUUAUGCGUGGUCACAAAUUUUUGUUAGGUGAUGUUAUCAUUAGAAGUAUAUUUCAAAAAUGGUUACAAAAACAUAGAUUAAGAUUAAAAAUACGUGCAGGAGAUGAAGUUAUCAUAAAAGAACCUAUAACAUACUUACAAGCAACUCAAGAAUCUGCAAAUGGUACAUGGCAUAUGCCUUACCAGGAAUUCAAAGAACCUGGUUCCUGGUCAAAACCUGAUUCAUCACCUGAUAAAUGGAUGUGUAUAAAAAUGUAGACUGAACUAUAUUAUAUUUACCUAAAUUUUGUUACAGUUAUGAUUGAUAAAUAUAUAUACAUUUUUAGUAAACUA